AUGUUGCCCGAACAGAUCCCGUACGGCUAUUACACCGAUGUUAUCUUUUCCUUCGCCACCAUUGAUCCCAACUCAUUUGAGAUCAAGGCUGGCGACUCAAAGACGGCCGAAUAUAUGCAGCGUAUUAGUGCCAUCAAGCUCAUUCAGCCUGACAUCCGCAUCUGGAUAGCCGUAGGCGGCUGGGCCUUCAACGACCCCGGUCCCACGCAGACAACGUUCAGCGACAUCGCUGCGUCUUCAGCCAACACCAAAAAGUUCAUUGACUCUCUUGUCAAACUUAUGAACAAGUACGGCUUUGAUGGCAUCGACAUCGACUGGGAAUACCCAGUUGCCGAGGAUCGCAGUGGCAGAGGCGGCGACUACAAAAAUUUUGUGACCUUUCAAAAGGCACUGUACGACAGGAUGAAAGGUGGCGGCUUGAAAAAGCAGGUUUCGCUGACUCUUCCUGCCAGCUACUGGUAUCUACAACACUUCGACAUUGUCAACCUCGAGAAGUACGUGGACUGGUUCAACGUCAUGACCUACGACAUGCACGGGUCCUGGGACAUUGACAACAAAUGGACCGGUCCCUACGCGAAUUCUCAUUCAAACAUGACGGAGAUUCAACAAGCACUUGACCUUUUGUGGCGCAACAACAUCAAGCCUGCCAAAGUCACGUUCGGGAUGGCCUUUUACAGCCGUAGCUUUGCUCUAACCAGCCAAAGCUGUAAUACACCCGGAUGCCCAAUCAGUUCCGGUGGUAAUGCCGGCAAGUGCUCUGGCACGACCGGUGUGCUUCUUCAUCCCGAGAUCCAGGAUGAAAUCAGCGCUCGGAAGUUGACACCCACGCUCCACCGCGAAGCAGCUGUCAAGAGUGUAUCGUGGGGCGACCAGUGGGUGACUUUUGAUGACGCUGCCACAUGGCGUCUCAAGGCCAAUAUCAUCAGGGGUCAGUGUAUACCAGGCGUUAUGGUUUGGGCCAUGAGCCAGGACGAUAAAGAAGGCACCAAUAUCAAGGCCCUGACAUCGGCUGUUGGACGCAAACAGAUGGCAAUGCCCAACUUUGUCAUCAAACAGCCCGUCCGCGAUCUUCCACAGCCCGUCAAGACAUGCCGCUGGUCAGGGUGCUACGGUGGUUGUCCCGACGGUUUCAAGGCAGUGCAGCGUGAUGGCCACAAGGAGGCCAUGUUGAGUACAGAAAACUGUCUUGCCGACGGUGUGUCUGUGUUCUGUUGCCCCUCGGACCAGGACCUGCCCGUCUGUACAUGGAGAGGACACAAGAAUUCGGGAGCUUGCAAACCUGGUUGCAACAGUGGUGAGGUCUCCGUCGGUUCCCUCCGCGUUGGAUGCAGUUCGCGGCACCAAAGCGCCUGUUGCACAAACGUAGCGUCUACGUCCUCGUAUGGGAUGUGCAAAUGGGUGGGAGAGGCACCAACCUGCAAUACGGGCUGUCCCAGUGACUUCCCGAACAAGAUAGUAUCGACCAAUACCGCCGACGGCGGUGAACAGCCUUGUGUUUCUGGGAACAAGCACUACUGCUGCCAGAACCCUACGCCGGCUGAUUUUACCAAUUGCGAAUGGGUUAAAAAGGCAGACCCGCCCAAGUUUCCCGGCAAUGACUUCAUCUGCGAAGACGUAUGUGGCCCGGACCGAAUCAAGGUGGCCACCGAAGUCACCAACCCCUAUUCCGGGACAAACAGUGGCUGCUACGGCGGCGCUUGGGCGUAUUGCUGUAAGCCGCCAGUGGCCUUGGUCCAGCGAGGCGAUGAUGAUCCCUAUGGCGGCGUGCAAAACAAGGAGUUCCAGACGCUACUGGAAGAUUACAUGCAAAACCCAACAUGUCCAGCCACCGUUCUGUUUGUCGAUCCUGGUGACAUGUUCACCGGGGCUGCGAACCAGAAACGUUCUCUGGAGCUGGAGGCUGCGAAGCACUGCGUCCUCUAUGGAAGAGCUUCCGACUGUAAGCUCGAUCAUUACCUAAGGCUCGCACAGUAUGCUGCGCUGAUGCUCACGGCGGCAGAGAGUGUGCUAAAACAAUUCUCGGUUGUAUGGAACGAUAUUUUUGCAGGCCACUACGACACAAUUCUUGAGGCUGACAAUCUACGGGCGUAUUUCAACCAACACCGAGAUAUUUUGGACCCACAUUCACUCAUCAACUAUGUUCUCCUUAACCCCUUGCGCGCUGGUCCAGGAAUAAGGGCAAACCAGCGAACGGAGCAAGCAUUCUGUCAUUAUGUCGGCACACGGAGAAAGCGCGACGUCCAGUUGCGGUCAUCCAGCACGGGUGUCAAACUGUUCAGCCGGCUCGUCUGGUGGAUGGAGGCGGGAAAUAACGGGCAGCCCUUCAUAGGCGUCAUCCUCGAGGGCAUCUUGGCCGGCCAUCUAAGCCCACACUACGCCCGGUGGCAGUGGAUUGACGGAACGCGGGCCGGUCCCCUGCUCGAGCUGGCGUACUGGAUCGGACCGAACCCUGGCCAGCCGAGUGGGAAUGAGUACGACCGAUAUCGAGACACACACACCCUCAACCAUGGCGAGCCAGAUAGAUGGGUCGUGUUUCACUUCCACAUCAACGCCGAUUUCAACAAUUACCCGUUCCUGAGAGAAGUCAACGGGCAUACUUAUAUCGGUGUGCAAAACAUCCGAGUCUUCCAUGGCCACGAAUCCACCAACGGCCCUACACCCGGUGGUGCGUGGCGAGUUCAAGGCAAUGUCAAUGUGGAUAGGCGGGUUCGAAGAGACGGCUUCGUAUGCCCAGAGGAUGAGUUGUGGUACAUUGGCACAGAUGAAGGCCUUCCUUCUGGGAGCGAUCGGCUCCAGCAAAACCUGCGGCAAUGGGCUCAGAACCUGUUCAACGAUGGCUAUUUGUCGAGUGAGAGCAUUGGACUCAUCAUGCGGGAUCUGGUAUUCUAUAACAACGGUGAAAUCAACGUUGAGGAUAGCUCGGACGCGUCUUUCAUGGAGUAUUGGGAUCCAAACCCAAGAUACCAACAAUCCAUGUACACCAUCAACUGGGUUCGCAGAUAUGGCACCUUUAUAUUGUCACCGUCGGAACCACCGCCACAGUGA